AUAUGUCUUGAGGUAAGGAUUCUGUGGAGGACACUCAAGAGUUCUUCCUCACCAGCUGUUGUGCAAAAGGGGUAUUGCCAUGCUGGUGCAGAUUUUGUCCUCUGAUUUUAGGGAAAAUAUAUAAUUAACCACACAAUUACAAAAUAAAAUUUUGUGGCAAAAGGAGAAGAACAGCAUAUGGGUUUAAUGGGUUUAAUGGUCAAGUGUGAACAUACUUUUGGCCAUUCCUUACACUGAUUUGGUUCGUAUUCGGCCUAAAUAAAACAUCUGUUUUGUGCCCCAGAGCGGAACAGUUCACUGGCUGUGACACUUGAAGCAGCUGAUGAUUAAAGUUGAAAUUUAGAUUCCAAAAUCCCUGCAUAAGAAGGCGAGAUUUUUUUUCUCCAGAUGUGGUGAAAAGUCGCGCGGCGCGUCAGGUUGAGCCAGCUGUGGCACGCGCCACUGAUUCCAGCUGCCGGGAGUCAUGCGCGAACCACAAGACGCUCCUCCAACCUGCCUCCAAGCCCCGUGGCCACCCGGUCUCCUCCAAACAAGCAGUGUGUAAUGGAUUGAGAGAGGAGCGAGAGAGGGAGGGAGGGACUCGUUGAGAGGAAAAGAGAGAGAGAGAGAGAGAGAGAGAGAGAGAGAGAAACCUGCCGGAGUGUAGCGUCUAGGACGCGCGCGGGCUGACUGCAAGGCACGCGCGGGCUCUUUUGACGGCACAAGUCGGAAACGGAAACAAUUGAUUUCCAAUCUGAUAUUGUUUUUGUUUUGUUUUUUAUUUCUCCCUCCUUCAUAGUAGAAAAAAAAGAGAAGAAUACAGGAGAGGCAGCCAUGCGCCUGAACCGAGACGCCGAGGACGGCAAAGGUUCCAUGUCGCUGGGCGUGUUCCUCGUGUCAGUCGGUCUAACUGUGUGUGUCGUGUGGCUCGUGGCACUCUGCGGCAUCUGUGGCUGGUGCCAACGCAGACUGGUGAGUGAUGUCACUUCCUGUUUCAAGGGGAAGAGGAAUAAGCCAGGUUUGGAUACAGCAAGUUCUCCGGAUUCUGUGUCAGUACGAGGCCGAGGUGAAAAUAAAGCCAUCAAUGAUCUAGACAGGGACUUUUGGAACAACAAUGACAGCAGCAAUGUUCAGCAACGGUGGAGCUCAUACCCUCCUAAAGAGUUUCUCUUGAACAUGUCUCCUUAUGCUCCAUAUGGAGAUCCACGUCUAACGCCCAAUGGCUCAUUGGAGAAGUGCGAGGCGGGUGGGGGGACAGGGGCCAGCCCCAGUCGCAGUGACAGCUCCAGGAGUGUAGAGGCAGGAAGCAGCAAGGCUGGGAAGUGGCAAACCAUCAAGAGCCACAUGCACUCCGGCAUCUUGAGGCCAAGCAAUUUUGGGGACGCGUCCCCACUGUCCACAGCGUCUACUCUGGAGCACAUCGCACCCGCUGCCUGCCGUCCUCGGCCACUCGUCAGACAGCAGAGCCUCCAGCAGCCCCUGACCCCCCGGCCCCCUCCGCCGCCCAACGACCCCCCUGCCACCUCACAGAGCCUGGGGCAGUUACACAGCAGCUCCGGGGGCGGCGGGGGGCAGCGGGGGGGUACAAGGCCGGGGGCAAGGGGCAGCCCAGCCGCACCCGGGGCAUCUCGCUACAGAGCUGGCGCAGGGACACGGUCCCGCUCCAACCCGGGCAGCUGGGAUCACAUGAUGGGGCAAAUACGCACCAGGGGCAUGGACGUCAAAUCUUUUCUGGAAGGCAAGAUGGUGGUGUUGUCUCUGGCGAUUGGCCUGGCUGAACAGGAUGACUUCGCCAACCUGCCAGACCUGCAGGAGAAACCAGCGAGCCAAGAAACUCCUCCUGGAGACAAGAGAGCCAUUGCUAACAAAGCCAACAGCAGCCCUAAAGGCCAGACCCCAGAUGAGAGUAACCGCCGCACGGAUCCUAACUCCUCUGUUUCAGAUCUCGCCAACUCGGUCACCAGUGACAUGCUCAUGUUGUCUCCUGGCUCAGAAGAGGAAGAACAUGAAGGUCCAGUGUGUGAGAAACUCGGUCGAAUACAGUUCAGUGUGGGGUACAGUUUCCAGGACUCCACACUUACCGUGAAGAUCCUUAAAGGCCAGGAUCUCCCGGCAAAAGAUUUCUCUGGAACCUCAGACCCAUUUGUUAAAAUCUAUCUGCUGCCAGACAAGAAGCACAAACUGGAGACCAAGGUGAAGAGAAAGAACCUGAAUCCUCACUGGAAUGAAACUUUCCUGUUUGAAGGUUUCCCAUAUGAGAAGGUGGUCCAGCGCACUCUUUACCUGCAGGUGCUGGAUUACGACCGAUUCAGCAGGAAUGACCCCAUAGGUGAAGUGUCCAUUCCCCUCAACAAGAUCAAUCUCGCUCACAUGGAGACAUUUUGGAAAGAGCUCAAACCAUGCAGCGAUGGCAGCGGGAGUCGAGGUGACCUGUUGGUGUCAUUGUGUUACAACCCCACGGCUAACACCAUCACUGUGAACAUCAUAAAAGCACGCAAUCUAAAAGCCAUGGACAUUGGGGGCACCUCAGACCCAUAUGUGAAAGUGUGGCUGAUGCACAAAGACAAACGGGUGGAAAAGAAGAAGACGGUGGUAAUGAAGAGAUGUCUGAACCCUGUUUUCAAUGAGUCCUUUCCCUUCGAUGUUCCUGCUCAUGUGCUGAGAGAGACCACCAUCGUCAUCACAGUUAUGGAUAAGGACAGACUCAGUCGAAAUGAUGUCAUAGGCAAGAUCUAUCUGUCAUGGAAGAGUGGCCCUGCAGAGGUGAAACAUUGGAAAGAUAUGAUGGGCCAUCCUCGCACUGCUGUUGCCCAGUGGCAUGCCCUCAAAGCUUAAUGGAACCACCCACUAGCACCGACCCAGAAUAAACCCACACCACAAGCCCCUGUUAAUAUGCACAAGCUUGAACACGGGUACAAAAAGCCAUCCAACAUUUGCUCCUUUUUCUGUCCUUUUUUUCUAUGUGUCCACAGAUGGGCUCUUUCCUUAACUGUUCUUUAUCUUCUUAUCUGUUUUUCCUGAUUUGCACCUGCUAAGAUUCCUUCUUUCCAUUUCUACCAAAAUAAAAAGUCUAAGCACUGCCAAGAAGAUUGUAAAGAUUGUAAAAGACCUGUACUAAGAAAUGGAAAGCAGGCUUGUCUUCCUUCAGUUUAUUUAUUUUGACUGUUUAGUUGUCUGGGGAGCACCCUGAUGUCCAGCCAGCUGAGAGAAACCCUACCCUUUUACUGCCAUGUUUUUGUAUUCCUUUCUUCAUUCAUCAUUCCCCUGUAAAGAUCCGUAAGGAUCGCUUCGCAGUGCAAUACCUGAUGGAUGGAGAGAUUAACUCUUUAUUUGAAUCUCUUCACCAUCUCUUGCCGGUUUUCCUGGCACCAAGUGUAGAAACCCAUUUUUGCUGGAAUUCCUUGUAAUUUGUUUGUACCGUGGGUGCCGUGAUGUAAAAAAAAAUUUGGAUAAACAAUGGCUUGUAGGUUUACAGUCUUAAUUGAUUUCAGUUUUGGUUUAAAUCAAUACAGUGGUAACAGUUUUGCCAUGAUUUUAUCAUAACUCAAUAUGGAAAAUGAAGAGUGCUGAAAUAUAUUUAUUUUUUUAUUUAUGGUUACGGAAAAUUAAUUGCCGAUUCGCCUCUCUUGUACGAUGAGUUACACUAAUCCAAAAUUUGUUUUUUUAUGUAGCACUGGAAGAGAGUUCCUACCACAUUUGAGUGUGAGUUGGAUAUGUUCCUAAAUUAAUAUUCCUCGUUCCUGGAUUAACAUGGUGUGGUCUUUCCACCACCUUUGAUUGUGGUUAAAAAUGUCCUCCAGAAUGCAUGAGUCAUUGUGCUGCUGUUUGUUUAAUAUAAAAAAAAUAUAAACAUUUGAAAAUAUUGACAAUAUUGAUUAUGCACCUUUUAAAAUUAUUUACUUAAAUAUACACUUGUGGUCCGUGGUGCAUUUUUUUGCUGCACACACAAAUGUAAUAACAGUCUCAUCCAAAAUGCUGAGCUGAAUAGCAUUUUUCCUUUCUAAAAGCUGAAUAGUGGGUCUGGAGGAAAUCUUCAGAUGACUCAGGAACUGGGGGAAUGACAUUUGAUGGUGAAAAAGUCUGUUGAUCCUGGUACAAAGAAAUGUCCAUCCAGUAACCUGUCAUAUAAGGAAACAGUCAGUUCAAGUUGCUUAGCAUUGGCAGAGCACAAUAACUGAGCGGACACAACUGAAACUAACAGCGCCAUAACUUUGUGUAUCAAAAUGCUUUCUUGCUUAAGUCGAACCGCACCAGAACCGUGACUCCUACUGAUGCGCUUUCACUUGCUCCAACCAACAGAACUGAGGGAACAACUGCAGCUAAAAUUAGCAGAAGAACCAAAUGAAAAAGGUGUGAAAUGCCAUUCUAAAUGAUAAUGUUAAACAUUCCAGUAAUGUAUGAAACAGGGCAGGAUAUGAGGACUUUUCAUUGUUGUUUUGAUUUCAGUUUAAAUGCGAAAGGUUAUAAGGUUGAUGGCAACAGUGUGUGUUUGUGUGUGUGUGUGUGUGUGUGUGUGUGUGUGUGUAUGUGUGUGUUUGAGAUAUUAGACAAGUAGAAAUGCACUAUUAAUAGAAAAGCUGAUGCAGUGUGCUGCAUCACCCGCAUUGUUUUCCUAACCAGAUCACUGCCAGUGUUCAACAAACUUCUUAGUAGAGUUUAUUUUUUAAGAGCCAAAGUAGUACUUUAAAGAAAAAAAAAGGAAAAAAUAUCACACCUGCUGGGCAAAGAAUAAGCUUGAAGGGAAGCAGCAGCAGAAAAUCUGGUGUAUUUUGUGUGUAAAUGUUGCUGUUUUUUCAGUCUUUGUCCUAUUGUGUGUAUGUAUGUAAAAGAGACAAAGCGAUUCAGGUGGAACUCAGCUCAUUUACACAACUUAAAUCAAAUUAUUAUUAUCUUUUUUUUUUUACAUGAUUUCUUUGAUUUUGUAUUUUUAUUAGCACACAUUUAGGAAUCUUAUUUUACACUUCGAUAGAGUGUACUGUAUUUUCUGGAUUGUAUAACCUCGAUGGAAAUCAUGACAUUCCUGAGAAACAGUUUGCUAGCACUCUGUUGGGCAAUGGUGCUAAAUGAAAUAACUGAGCACUUUACUGAAAAAAAUGCACUGCUACAUGUAACAAAAUAAAGAUAGUGCCAAAUACAUGA